AUGCUAAUAACCAACAAAGGAACGCGACAGAAGAAAGUGUCCCUCGUGGUCUUGAGCCAGAUUAUUUUGUUCGGUUUCUCACGAUGUAUUUUCUUGUGCGUCGAUGCUUAUCACUCGAAGAAACACAUUCACAUCACGGUGCUGAAUUUAAUCUGGGGACUUGGCCAGCCGUCGUUGGUAACAGCGUUUAUGCUUAUAUUUCUGGUCUUGAGGAACGCUCUGACGUUGAAGGCGAGGUUUCAAACUUGGUACACGACGCGAAACAUAGCUCUGGUUACUGUUCCCUACUUUACUUUCGUCUUUGCAUCCGAAGUGGUCGUUUCUUUGAUGCCAUCUUACAAAGCCUUAAUUUUUGCUUGUCAGAUGAUCAACACGUUGUUAUACCUAAGCUUGGCUUGUUUCUACGUGUUCAUUUCGCUUCUGAUCUGGAAAAAACUACGCCUGGUUCGAAACGGCCUUUCAAAUACGCGUACAAGAGGGCAGCAAACUUUGUCUAUCUUAAAACGCUGCGUGGGUGCCUUUGUUGGGGGUUUUAGCAUUGCUGUCAUGCACGUUUACUCUAUGACAGGCGUCUACAGCGUUUUUUCCGACGUCCAACACGUUGCAGUGUGGCCGUGGUUCGCUUUCAACACGUCACUGCGUUGUUUGGAGUUGGGAAUGUCUGUGUUGUUGUACACGAUGGGAACAGAGAAUAACGCAAAGCGACCGAGAAAGAUCGACGUUGCACCGCUGACAUUGAUACAGUCAAAGUAA